GACAGCAGAGGCGCACGGUGCCAGAGCCAGGAUCAGAAGCCUCUGCAGGCGCAACCAGCAGCAGCCAGCCCGCCGAGGACAAGUGUUUUUCCCACUACCCAUCUUCCACUCAGAACCAGUGUGCAGGGGGGGGAAGCCGGGCUAUGACACGCGGAUAGACAGCCGCACAGUCAUUGAGAGUUAGCUCAGGAGGACCCUUGUUUUUAUUCCCUCCGCAAGAUGAAGACAGACGCGAGGAGCCCGCGCCAGCUCGCCGCGCCGCUGCUCCUCUUCCUCGCCCUGUGCGUCGCGGUGCAGCGAUCCGACUCUGCGUCAUGCAACGGAUGUGCUGGAGCCAGAUGUGACUGCAGUGGAGUGAAAGGAACCAAAGGUGAUCGGGGUUUCCCAGGUCUCACCGGACAGCCAGGGGUCCCAGGGUUCCCCGGACCCGAGGGGCCGAUCGGGGGCCGAGGAGAGACGGGCAACAACGGGCCUCAAGGACCAGGCGGUCCAAAAGGAAUCAGAGGGCCUCCAGGAUUACCAGGAUUUCCAGGAACACCAGGUCUUCCGGGUCUGCCGGGUCACGACGGACCUCCGGGCUCGAGGGGCGUGGCCGGAUGCAACGGAACAAAGGGCGACCGAGGUUUCCCAGGAAGUGGAGGGAUCCCAGGUCAGCAGGGUCUGUCGGGACCACCAGGUCUGCCGGGGUCAAAGGGAGAUCCAGGAGACGUGAUCUCCACCAAUCGGUUUGGAGAUCCAGGAUCAGUUGGAUUACCGGGAGUACCAGGAGGUCCCGGCCAGCCGGGCCCCUCUGGUUCUCCAGGUCCACUCGGGCCCCCAGGACCCAGAGGUUAUGAGGGUCGUCCAGGUCCACCCGGUAAUCCAGGACCCAAGGGAAACAUGGGUUUGAACUUCCAAGGACCCAAAGGAGAGAAGGGAGAACUCGGUUCGCCAGGACCCGCUGGUCCUCCAGGUCAGGUGGGAGAACAGAAGAGGACCCCGGAGACGGAGAUCCAGAGAGGAGACAAGGGCGACCCCGGAGCCCCCGGGAGUCCAGGAGACCGAGGCUACACAGGUCCUCCCGGCCCCUCAGGUGGACAGAAAGGAGGAAAGGGCGAAGCAGGAGAGGCAGGAAAACGAGGUAAACCAGGCAAAGAUGGCGACCCCGGUCCUAAUGGAUUCCCUGGAGGCAAAGGAGAACCCGGCCAGCCAGGUCCUCCAGGCAGGGACGGAGACAGAGGUCUGAAAGGAGAUCGUGGAUUUGCAGGCCCACCUGGACUGGUGAUUGGCGGGCAGCAAGGAGGUGUUGUUGGUCAGAAAGGUGAGCCCGGCUUCCCCGGAUCCAACGGAUACAAAGGAGAUCGAGGACCAGCAGGUUUAACAGGACCGCCUGGAGCACCAGGACGUCCAGCCAACGGCGGCGUCGGCGUCAACGGACCUCCAGGUUUCCCCGGAGAGAGAGGUCAGAAGGGAGAUCUCGGCUCUCCAGGGUUUUCUCAACCAGGACAACCAGGAAACCCGGGAACUCCUGGUCCUCAGGGACAACAGGGGCCUCCUGGACCUUCAGGCACCGGAACAAACUGCGUCCCUGGACAACCCGGGCGUCCCGGUGGGAAGGGAGAGCCGGGUUUCCCCGGACAGUCUGGUCAGAAAGGUGAUAAGGGCGAAACCUGCGUGAACUGCUUCAGGGACAACAACCCGAUCCCAGGAGUCCAAGGACCGCCUGGACCACCUGGAUUCCCAGGAACUCCUGGCAGCCCAGGAUUUAAAGGAGACAGAGGAUAUCCAGGCGGUCCUGGAAAUGUCGGCCCCGCCGGUGGCCCAGGCCCUCAAGGUUCCCCAGGGUUCCCUGGAGAGAAAGGUGACCCCGGUAAUUCCAUCGCAGUCGACGGUAUUCGGGGAGAUAAGGGGGACUCUGGCUUCCCCGGAUCCCCGGGUCUGCCCGGCCUAGACGGUCGACCUGGUCGUGAUGGACUACCUGGAUCCCCGGGGCCCAAAGGAGCUUCUGGCUCACGGGACGUUAAAGGAGAACGAGGACUCCCUGGUGAGCCAGGUUCUCCUGGUAAUCCAGGGGACAGGGGUACGCCAGGUCCCUCCGGCUUUGGACCUCAAGGGCCUUCUGGAGAAAAGGGUAGCCAGGGCGUCUCGGGAAUACCUGGAAAUCCUGGUUUUCCUGGUGCUAAAGGUGAACCCAGCAGGACGGUGGGAGAGAAAGGUUUACCAGGACAACCAGGGCGGGAUGGAGAGCCUGGACCCGCCGGUUUUAAAGGUGAACCAGGUCCAUCUGGACAGCCUGGUUACCCUGGUUCACCAGGAGGGAAGGGUGAACCUGGCUUCCCUGGCGUCGGACUCCCUGGAUCCCCAGGGUCUAAAGGAUUCCCAGGUAUCCCCGGGCAGCCAGGUUCUCCUGGAGGACCAGGCAGACCAGGAGUUGACGGAUUCCCCGGCCAGCCUGGAAUUCCUGGAUCCAAGGGUGACCCUGGCUUCGGACUUCCCGGCCCACCUGGUCUACCUGGAGUACCCGGAUCUAAAGGUUUCUUUGGACCAAAGGGAGAUCCUGGUUUCCCCGGUGGACCUGGUUCACCAGGAAGAUCUGGAUUUGAUGGCGGCCCAGGAACCAAAGGCGAGCCCGGUUCAUCUGGUGGCCCUGGACCUCGUGGCCCCCCUGGACCCCUGUCCGGUGGCGAAAUUGGACCCCCUGGCGCCCCUGGACUUCAGGGCCCAAUGGGACCACCAGGCUUCCCUGGAUCAAACGGAGGGAAAGGUGACCCCGGCCCUCCUGGUCUCGACAUCCCCGGUUUGCCAGGAGACAGAGGAAGUCCCGGUUUCCCAGGUUCUACAGGACCAGCUGGAACCCCAGGACCUCCUGGAGGGCCUGGACGAGAUGGCUCCCCUGGAUUACCAGGUUCGAAAGGUGACAUGGGUUCCAUGGGAUCCCCAGGACCCUCCGGAGGACCCGGAGGCCCAGGAGGACCUGGUGCUACUGGACUUAAAGGUGACCCUGGGUUCCCAGGCAGAGACGGAGGUCCUGGUGGUCCUGGCAUUAAAGGAGAUCGGGGUGAACCCGGUCUCCAAGGACUCCCGGGUGUCAGCGCGCCACCAGAGGCACACAAGGGAAACAAAGGAGAGCCAGGAGUUCCAGGUGGAUCAGGUUAUCCAGGUCAGAAAGGUAUCAGUGGUCUCCCGGGAGACCCAGGACUCUCAGGAUCAGAUGGUCGCCCUGGACCCUCCGGACCACCAGGUCCCAAAGGAGAUCCUGGACUCUCAGGAAGCCCGGGAGGACCUGGAGGUCCAGGAGCGAAAGGCGCCAUGGGAGAAAUGGGAUUCCCUGGACCAGGAGGACAGAAGGGUCUACCUGGCCCCGCAGGUAGGUCAGGAACCCCGGGACAGCCCGGAGGACCGGGUUUCCCCGGAGCCAAAGGUGAACCAGGUUCUGCCGGAGUUGGACCACCUGGACCAAGUGGAUUCAAGGGUGAGCCAGGUCAGCCCGGGUACUCUGGAAGUCCAGGACUCAAAGGAACUCCAGGAACACCUGGUCUCCCAGGUUUACCUGGAGGUCCAGGUUCCAAAGGUGAUCCCGGCCUCCCAGGAUUCCAAGGUGCUCCUGGUGUCCAAGGUCCUAAGGGUCUUGACGGCGGUCCUGGCUCCCCAGGUCUCAACGGAGCACCAGGUAGACCAGGAGAGUCUGGCCGACCUGGAGGGCCAGGCUUUCCAGGAGAUAAGGGUCAGGCAGGUCGUGAUGGAAUCCCAGGACCGGCUGGAGUCAAAGGAGACCCUGGACUUCCUGGUUUCGGCGGCCCCGGUCCCUCUGGGCUUCCAGGGUCUCCAGGGUCAAAGGGAGACCCAGGUUUUCCCGGCCCCACUGGCAGCCCCGGUUUCCCCGGCUCUAAAGGAGAUGCUGGCUUCCCUGGUUCCCCUGGUCCUUCAGGAAACAGCGGCCCUCCUGGUCCUCCUGGACUGGCUGUGCAGGGCCCCAAAGGACUCAUUGGUCCCCCUGGACCCCCAGGACGAGCAGGUCCAGGCGGCCCGCAGGGUCCCCGCGGACCGGCAGGAAGUGGCGGCGUCAAGGGAGAGAAGGGUAUCUCCGGCGCUCCAGGUCAGAACGGCUUCCCUGGACAGAAGGGAGACUUUGGUGUUCCAGGAUUCCCGGGUACCUCUGGUCUUCCUGGCGGCAGCGGUAUAAAGGGAGACAUCGGUCUGCCUGGCGUUCCUGGAUUCCCUGGACCCAAGGGAGACCCCGGAAUCCCCGGUGGUAAUGGUCUUACUGGAGAUCCUGGAGAUUUUGGGCCUCCCGGCCCCCCCGGCAACCCUGGUACAUAUCUGCCUGAUGUUGUGAAGGGAGAGCGAGGACCCCCUGGAUCUCGGGGCCAGCCUGGCAACUUAGGACAGCCUGGUUCUCCUGGACGUGACGGGGCCCCAGGUCCACUUGGUAGCCCUGGAGCUCCGGGUACCGACGGUCCCCCCGGCUUCAGCGGCCCCCCCGGCAGGAAGGGAGACACCGGACCCGCCGGUUCCCCUGGUCAGCGUGGUUAUCCUGGUCCCCCUGGUUCAGACGGUCCACAGGGUCAGCCUGGUCUCCCAGGGACGGCCUCUGCAGCCCACGGCUUCCUGAUCACCCGUCACAGCCAGGGUUCGGAGGUGCCCACCUGCCCCGACGGCACAGGCAUCAUCUAUGACGGCUACUCGCUGCUGUACGUGCAGGGCAACGAGCGGGCGCACGGCCAGGACCUGGGCACGGCGGGCAGCUGUCUCCGCAGGUUCAGCACCAUGCCCUUCAUGUUCUGCAACAUCAACAACGUCUGCAACUUCGCCUCCAGGAAUGACUACUCCUACUGGCUGUCCACGCCCGAGCCCAUGCCCAUGUCCAUGGACCCGCUCCGGGGGGAGGGCAUCAAGCCUUACAUCAGCAGGUGUUCAGUGUGUGAAGCUCCAGCCAUGGUGAUCGCGGUGCACAGUCAGACCAUCCAGAUCCCAGCGUGCCCGGCGAGGUGGGAGGCUCUGUGGAUCGGAUACUCCUUCAUGAUGCACACCAGUGCCGGUGCAGAGGGCUCCGGUCAGGCCCUGGCAUCCCCCGGCUCCUGCCUGGAGGAGUUCCGCAGCGCUCCCUUCAUCGAGUGCCACGGCAGCGGAACCUGCAACUACUACGGAAACUCCUACUCCUUCUGGCUGGCCACUGUGGAACAAUCUGAGAUGUUCAGGAAGCCACAGUCGGAGACCCUGAAGGCCGGGAACCUACGGACACGCGUCAGCCGUUGCGUGGUCUGCAUGAAGAGGACGUAACGGCACACGGCAAAGAGCCCACUGCUGCCAGGGGGUGGGGUGGGGGGGCGCCCAAUCGUUAGCAAUAGAUGAUGUGAUGAUGGGGGACAGGGGGUGGUCACCAUUGUGACAUGGUGGAAUUCCAAUGGUGCGUUGUCUUCCGGUUAAAAAAGAAAACACACAAAAACAACAACAAAAAAAACUUCAACUUAAACAAUGGUGCUACUGUGCGACACAGCUUAACGAAUUAAAAAAAAAAAAAAAAAAGGAGAAAACUGAAUAAAUCUUACAUUCAGUCUUUGUUUUUCUUAAGAAGUACCUCAGAAUGAAAGCAGACACAAGAAAAUCGUUCAUUGUUCUCUUUGACGUUUUUUUUUUUUAUUAAAAAGAACAAAUUACUCUUUUGGACGUUGGUGCAACACAAACAUCGGUUUCCAGACACAAGUGCUUUAUUUUAUUUUUUACCGAUGAGGACUGGACGGUUACCAAAUCGGCACUUUUUGACUUCGGGAACUUCCACGAUGAGAUGCACUGACGCUAGCUUUUCCUUCGCGCGACCGACUGACCGCCAUUUUCCUUUCUCUCUUUCUCUGUCGUCGUCCUGACGCAUUUCGUGACAUUCGGCGGAACUAACCCUGCGAUGGCGCUAACCGCUAGCCGCUAACCGCUAGCCGCUAACCGUCAACCUACACCUUCCUUCUCUUAACCUUUUUGUAAGUAAUAAAAUGUGUAUAUUGUGUAAAACACCUUUUGUUGUUAGCGUGUUAGGUCUUCAGUCGGUACCAGCUGUUUGUUAUCAAAUUUCCAGGUUCUUUUUAGCGCACACACACACACACUCACGCAUUCACACACAAAAACACAUAUUCACACACGUCACCGCUCACACACAGACACACACACCAACUCAGAUAUUGUACAAAGGCUUUUAUGAAUGAAAACAGUAUUUUAUAUAUAUAUAAUAAAUAUAUAUUUGAAAAAAAGAGGAUUCAAAGGUAUAUAAACUUUAUUUGGCUGUGGGGAGAUUGUUCACCGUUUUCAACCGAGGUCUCGCAUUUCACCGGAAACUAAAGCUUAACUACUGAGCACAGACGGAGCCAUUUUCCCUCAAACGUAAUUUUUUUGUAUGAUAUUAACGAUGCCAAUCGCUUAAACCUUUUGUAUUCAAUUUGUAGAAUUAAUAAAUGUUGAACUGAAUUAAAGGGGAUUUGCUUGUAGGUUAGUCUAAUGAUUGGGGAAUGUUACCGAUAUUCUUUUUUGCGAGAAAGGAUUCAAAAGUCGCUUUUUGUCUCCUUGACUGGGGAAAAAGAAAACGUGGGAUUUGUUUUGUUUUUGACUUUUCUUUAAAAGACAUUUCCAGGUGCUGGGCUUUGCUGUAGAACCGAGGGUCUGGGUUUCUUCUCAGGAACCUCGUUUUACACCCGAAACCUUCAAAUCCACUUUGAGCCUUUCUCCAAAUCUGGUUGAAGCGCAGGCGUCAUUUUGAAUCAGGUGUUAACGUGACGCGUGACGUUUCCCUCGACCCUGAUGUACUGUAAGUCUGCGAGAGCUGUUUGAGAUAAGGGGGGGGGGGGGGAGAAAUAUUUCCCUGUGAUUUUUUUUUGUUUGUUUUUAUUUUUUCAAAACUGCUUUUAUGAAUUCUAAUUUUAUCAAACUGGGUUGAGAUUAAAAAAAUGUGUAUUAAUGUUUUUUUUUUCUUCUGUUUUGUUUCCAUGUUAUGUUAUCCAGAAGUUGUUAUAAACUUUUAAGGACUGAAAUAAAUACGAUGUCCAAAG